CUAAUAUAGAUUACCUGCGGAAAGCAGCAGAGAAAGCUGGUGAGGCUGCUGUUCUAGUGCACAGACAAGUGUUUAAGAAUCUUAUCGAUGCACAGUGGAUAACGAACCAACGAACGAGCUUCCGCCAAGCUCAUUACGUCCACAUUUUACCCAAUCGCCAUCUUAGACGAUGUCCAGCAAGCACUCGCGUCACACUCCUUCACCAGCUCCCAGUUCCAAGCUUCCAAAGUUUUUGCAGAAGUCCCGGGACAGAUCCAAAUCCGUCAAUGAAGGCGUGCUUAGCUCGCCUGAGCUUCCUUCUACUCCCUCUCCAUCAUCUUCUGCCAGACCCUCCCGAAAAAACACUAGGAUCCCAGAGGAGUUCGGCGAGGAAACACCAGUCAUCGUAGAACCCGUCUCAAUUCCGUCCCCACGUCAACGCAAUCGCCCUGACCGCCCACCGAGCUUAGAAACCUCCCACAGCACUUCCCCCUCCGCUCGCAUGGGCGACCUACCAACCCGUCUUUCCGGCUGGUUUUCGCAUACUUUUUCCACUUCCUCAACAGAUCUCUCCCUUCCCACCAUCCUUGCACAGUCCAAUACUGUUUCCACGGGUUCGACUUCGUCUCCGAGAGCCAGAAUGACCGGGGCUUCUGCCUUGCUUACUGCGGCAAAGCAUGGUAAAGGUCAUCUCGACAAGGCGAUGCGGUAUUUACUCGACAGUGAUGCAACGCCUGACAAAUGCACCGAUGUUAUCUGGAUCUUAGGUGUGCAGCAUCCUGGGUAUGAGCCACCCCUGGUGCAAUCGCAGCCUCCUCCAUCUUCGUUCACCAGUGGUACCUUGGGACGCAGGGGUUCGGUCGCGUCGACGACUGCUUCGGAUCAGUCGCACGGACACAAACGUUCGCGUUCGCGUGGUCAGCACGCACAUUCUUCGUCAAUCACGCAUUCCGGCUCGCAAUUCCUAUCUCAAUCUCAGCCUCCGUCAUCCUCGCCUUCCCAAUCACUCUCUUCCUCCGUCUCUUCUGCUACAGCAACACCGUCUGCAUCCGUGUAUAAUCCUGCCUUAUCCACAUCCUCCACCCAGAGCGCUACCUCCAAGGAUCUGAAACCCGGGGCCAAUUGGCCCCCGGAUUUUUAUGCAGAUUUCACUUCACGGAUAUGGCUGACAUAUCGGUCGCAUUUUCCUCCCAUACGCGAUAGUAACUUGCAAGAGCUUACUCCGCCUGCAUGCGAGCCCAUCAUGGCCCCGGCAAUAAUUCCUACUCCCGCUUCCCCUUCGACACUUUCCACUACAUCCAAUGUCUCCCGGCAUACUUCCUCGCGUUAUACUGACUCUUAUAAAUCCGAUUCAUCUCUCAGCACUAGUCUCAGCAACAAUAGCCACACCAAGGGACCGUCGAGUCCUACGUCCACCAUGACAAAUCGAAGCAAAUGGAACUGGACUGUAGGAGGACUAGGUGGAGAGAAAGGGUGGACGAGUGAUUCCGGGUGGGGGUGUAUGUUACGAACCGGUCAAAGUUUGCUGGCGAAUUCAUUGCUGUUCAUGCAUUUAGGCAGGGACUGGAGGAUCCCUCCGUCUCCGGAAAUGACAAGAGAAUAUGCUAUGUAUGUGCAGAUCGUCACUUGGUUCUUAGACACACCUUCGGAGUUGGCACCAUUUAGUGUUCACCGGAUGGCGUUGGCGGGAAAGGAUUUAGGCAAGGAUGUGGGGAUGUGGUUCGGGCCGAGUACAGCUGCAGGGGCUAUCAGGUCUCUUGUUCAUGCAUAUUCAGAUGCAGGAUUGGGUGUGGCUGUUGCCACGGACGGAUUGUUGACGCAGACAGAUGUCUAUGCGGCUUCUCAUGGUACCGCCUCAACUUCUUAUCCACGACGAGGAAAAGGUGCCGCUCACACGUCUUGGGGUGAUAGGCCGGUGUUAGUACUUUUCGGAAUUAGGCUUGGCUUGGAUGGUGUGAACCCGAUAUACUAUGACACGAUCAAGAUGCUUUACACCUUCCCUCAAUCGGUGGGAAUUGCCGGUGGAAGACCGAGUUCGUCAUAUUACUUUGUCGGCUCACAGACAGACAAUUUGUUCUACCUCGAUCCUCACCAUGCCAGACCUGCUGUUCCCUUGCGUCCGCCUCCGACUGUUGCUCUCACAGGUCCAAGUUCUGCGUUUUCUGCUGUCCAUGUCUCUCGGCCUAGCGGCUCCUCUUCAGGUUAUGGUACCACUGAAGAUGCUGGGGACGAACGCGAGGUGGACAAGGAAAAGAUCAAGAAGGUUUCAACAAAGAAGUCACAUAAACACUCGACGCGAUCAUCUAGUGGUGGUAGUUCUGGGAGUAGUGGUGGAAGUUAUCAAGGGCUGCAAGCAAUGUCUGGAUCGCCUUCAUCUACUCGUACUGGCUCAUCUUUCCAUACUCCAUUGGCGCCUUCGCCGUUGCAGCAGCAGUAUUCUCGCUCUCCUCCAGUUGCAGGGAAUAAUGGUGCAAGUCCUCCUCAUGCAGGUUCUACCUCGUCCUCAUCUCAAUCAAGAACAGAGUCUCCGGCUUCCGGUAACAGUGGAGACAUGGACUACAGCGAACUGAUGGGACCAAGUGCGCCUGAACAUGAUUUGACUCCAUUGGAAGAACAUUAUGCUACAGCGUAUAGCGCCGCCGAGUUGAAAACCUUCCAUUGUGAUCGGGUGCGCAAGAUGCCGUUGAGCGGAUUGGAUCCUAGUAUGCUUAUUGGCUUCCUAUGUCGGGAUGAGAAGGAUUGGGUCGAUUUUCGGAGACGAGUGGUGCAGCUCCCUAAAACAAUAUUUUCUAUUCAGGAUGAGGCUCCUUCAUGGGCUGCUGACUCGGCUGACAACAUGGGUUUAGAGUCUAUGUCAGAUCCUGACGAGGUCGACACCAUGGAGUUGGAGGAUGAAGAUGAACCUAGUUUGGAUGUCAGUAUCCAGUCUCGGUCCAGAUCAGCUUCGUUGUCGUUAUCGAGUGUUAGUCAACACGGGUCCGCAGGCGGUGCGAGAAGUGAUAGGAGUAAAAGUGAAGAAAUAGAUACGGAAGAGGAUCCCGUUGAUCCUAUCACUCCGGGACCGUCAGCUACACGCUUUGAUUCUUCUGUCGUACAUGUCCCUCUACCCGGUGAUGGCCACGAGAAGGAGACCAACUUUGAUGAAGCAAGUGAUGACAUUGAGGAUGACUGGGUGGAACCGUCUAUUCCAUCAACUCCCGUACACUCUUCUCAUGGCGCUCAAUCAUCGACGGAUGAUUCCGCGGGCGCGGUCAUUGCUCCUGCGAUGAAGAAGACAAGGUCCACGAGCAGCGGUGCGUCCAAGAAGAAGAAGCCAAAGAAGCAAAUCCCAGUCCCUGUACCCAAGGUCAAAUUGCCAUCUACCCGGGAGUCGUUCCCGUUCCCUGUUGCUACGGAGGACGUGUCGGCAGAGGGACCUAUUUCGGUUUCGUACUCUUCUUCCUCGUCGAUGUCGGGUGCUGGUGAUGAUUCUGUGGGAGUGGGUGCUUUAAUAAGAGAGAAACGGAUGAAUAACGCACGAGCACGAGAUGGAGGACGAACGCAGAGCGGUGGAGUCAAAGGGGUUUUGACUGAUGAUUGGAUAGAUGGACAUUGAAACGGUAGGAAGAUAGAAAGGCACUCCUGGAGCAGGAGGAAGUUUAUGUUUGGGAUAUGGAACUUAUGGAAGGAAAGGUAUAGGAAGUGUCUCUCGGAGCAGUGAGUACACGAACGGGUGGUCAUUUUUUGCAUGCGCUGCAAUCGUGCUUUGGAUGAUUGAUAAAUUUUUUCUUUAACUCAAGUAUGUCUAUCUGUGACACAAGCAGGGCACAGAAGGUAGCUUUGUUUAU